UUGCUUCUUGGAGCAUUAUGCUGCAUGUUCACCACAGAUACUAAGAGAUUGUAUAAACGCAGUGCAGUCUUUGGUCAGACAGGCUUUGUGUAAGCUCAGCUUUGUUCAACCCAUACUGCAGACAUGGACAGAUUUGUUGCACCCAGCCUCAGUCAGCCUACAAAAACCCAGUCCUGCUUCUAAUCUAUUUCCUCAAAGCUCUAUUCCUGCAUUCCCAACAGCUCCUCCUGCCCUGCUAUCUACCGCAUGUCAGUCCCCUGUUCCCACUCGCUGCACCUAUCCUGCCUUUAACCCUGUAAAGAACCUGAUGCCUCUCUUCAGCCUGAUGCCUCUCUUCAGCCUGAUGCCUCUACUCAGCCUGAUGCCUCUACUCAGCCUGAAGCCUCUACUCAGCCUGAAGCCUCUACUCAGCCUGAAGCCUCUACUCAGCCGGAUGCUUCUACCCAGCAUAAUGAACUGAUCCAGCCUGAUGAUCCUAUUAGGCCAGUUGACUCGAUGCCCGCUGUUCCGCCAGUUGACUCGGUGCCCGCAGUCUUGCCAGAUGACUCGGUGCCCGCAGUCUUGCCAGACGACUCGAAGCUCGCUGUUCCGCCAGUUGACUCGAUGCCCGCUGUUCCGCCAGUUGACUCGGUGCCCGCAGUCUUGCCAGACGACUCGGUGCCUGCAGUCUUGCCAGACUACUCGGUGCCCGCAGUCUUGCCAGACGACUCGAAGCCCGCUGUUCCGCCAGUUGGCUCGGUGCCCGCAGUCUUGCCAGUUGACUCGGUGCCUGCAGUCUUGCCAGUUGACUCGGAGCCCACUGUCGUGCCUGGUGACUCGGUGCCCGCCGCUCCGCCUGGGGGCCCGAGAC